CUAAAUUUGGUUUAUGCGACGACGCUAACCGAGUAACCGUGAUCUAAAAAACUCUCUGAAGCAGUCUCCCUCUCGUCUCUCCAGCAAUUAAACACUAUACAUUACAGCCAUAAACACCCAUAUCCUUUUUAAAAUCGUUUUUUUAAUAAGACGGCGUUUCUUAAUCUGUUCUUAUCCAAGUUUUCGUCAUCAAAUUCCUCUUCAAACCCCAAUUUCUAGAUUCCAGAAGAAAGUCCAAAGGAGUUUUUUUUCUUCUUUCUGUUGUGGUGCCUUUUCCGGUUUAGAAUCGGCAUUUUACUUCGUGAGGAGGCGAAAUCUUGAAGCUUUGAUAUAUUAAGAGAAGAUUAUAGAUUAGGAUUGAGAGUGUAGAUAGAAUCAAAAGAUGAGUUUAAGGGAUGAUACGGAGGAGGGUAGGAAUGAUCUGCGACGACCGUUCAUACACACAGGAAGCUGGUAUCGGAUGGGCUCGAGACAGUCGAGUAUGAUGGGUUCGUCUCAAAUUAUCAGAGACAGCUCAAUCUCUGUUCUUGCAUGUGUUUUGAUCGUUGCUCUUGGUCCUAUUCAAUUCGGAUUCACUUGUGGUUAUUCUUCUCCAACUCAAGCUGCAAUCACCAGGGAUCUCGGUUUAACGGUAUCUGAGUACUCCGUGUUUGGGUCUCUGUCCAAUGUGGGUGCUAUGGUUGGUGCAAUUGCCAGUGGUCAGAUCGCAGAAUACAUUGGACGAAAAGGGGUAUGCUUUGUUUUGCUGAUUCUUGAAUUAUUCUGUUUUGAUCCAUUUGAUGAACUCUUCUUUCUUGCUUUACUUAACCUCUUAUUGUUUUUUCUUGGACAGUCUCUGAUGAUUGCUGCAAUUCCCAACAUCAUUGGAUGGCUUUGCAUAUCAUUUGCAAAAGAUACUUCUUUUCUUUAUAUGGGGAGACUAUUAGAAGGCUUCGGUGUGGGGAUCAUCUCUUACACGGUGCCUGUUUAUAUCGCUGAGAUAGCUCCACAGAAUAUGAGAGGAGGAUUGGGUUCGGUUAACCAGCUUUCCGUGACAAUUGGAAUAAUGUUGGCUUAUUUACUUGGCCUCUUUGUUCCAUGGAGAAUUCUUGCAGUUUUGGGGAUAUUGCCAUGCACAAUAUUGAUACCAGGUCUUUUUUUCAUCCCUGAAUCCCCUCGCUGGCUGGCAAAAAUGGGUAUGACUGAUGAUUUUGAGACUUCAUUACAAGUCCUUCGAGGAUUUGAGACUGAUAUUACCGUUGAGGUUAAUGAAAUCAAGAGAUCUGUGGCAUCAUCUACCAAACGAUCAUCUACAGUUCGGUUUGUAGAUCUAAAGCGGAGGAGAUACUAUUUCCCACUUAUGGUUGGUAUAGGGUUGCUUGUACUUCAACAACUCGGUGGAAUUAAUGGCGUCCUAUUCUAUUCCAGUACAAUCUUUGAAUCUGCAGGAGUUACUUCGAGUAAUGCAGCAACAUUUGGGGUUGGUGCUAUUCAGGUAGUGGCGACUGCAAUAUCGACAUGGUUGGUGGACAAAGCAGGUCGUCGGCUUCUGCUUACGAUCUCUUCAGUUGGGAUGACGAUUAGCCUUGUAAUUGUUGCAGCUGCUUUCUACCUUAAGGGAUUUGUGUCUCCUGACUCAGACAUGUACAGUAUGCUGAGCAUCUUGUCAGUUGUUGGAGUUGUGGCAAUGGUUGUUUCUUUCUCAUUGGGAAUGGGACCAAUCCCGUGGCUCAUAAUGUCUGAGAUCCUUCCUGUGAACAUAAAGGGUUUAGCUGGAAGUAUAGCAACUCUAGCCAACUGGUUCUUCUCCUGGUUGAUCACCAUGACUGCAAACUUGCUCUUAGCCUGGAGCAGUGGAGGAACUUUCACUUUAUAUGCGGUGGUUUGUGCAUUCACAGUGGUGUUCGUGACUCUAUGGGUCCCUGAGACCAAAGGCAGAACGCUUGAAGAACUUCAAGCCUUGUUCAGAUGAGAAUUACUCAAGACAGUUUUAUCUUUUACAAAUUCAUUCUUUGCCUCCCUCUCUCAACCUCUCUCUGUUCUGGCGUAGAACAAGAAGAAACCAAGAAAUGUCAGAUUUUCCAGCUGUGUUUUUGAUUGAGCUGAGAACGUUACUAAGAUUUGUUUGUUUGUUGUGUAUCAAUAAUCAGCUUGCCUUUCUGUUACAUGUAUAUCAACACACCUUCAAGUAUUUCGUAAUUUGAUUAAACUCUUCU